AUGAAGAAGCUACGUGGUUUCACUAUUUCCUUUUUGCUCCUGAAGUUUUCUCUCAUCUUGUGCUGUUUGACUGAACUCAGUUGCUUUUGGAGGAUAAAGAAUAUUGAGGAUAAUGAUGGGCAUUUGAGAAGUGACUGUGGUUUUUCGCUUAUGUUAUGGGAGGAAGCUAUUGAAGACGAUUUCUAUAAUCAACUUAUUCCUUUUAGAAUACAAAAAAGAAAAUCUGAGUUUCUUCUGGUAGUGAUUUUUGCUGCUGAAGAGAUCAACAAGAAUCCUUAUCUUUUACCCAAUAUGUCUUUGUAUUUCGACAUCAUUGUUGGCCUAUGUGGAGAUACAUUGGGACUUCUGGAUGAAGUAUAUUCACAACAAAACCGUAGUUUGGAGUUUAUUAAUUAUAUCUGUGGAUUAGAUCCAACAUGUGGUGCAGACAUUAUAGGACCAUCAUGGAAAUCAUCCUUAAGACUAGCACUUUAUUCUAGGACACCAACGGUUUUCUUUGGACCAUUUAAUCCUAACCUAAGUGACCAUGACCAGUUGCCCUUUGUCUAUCAGGUAGCCACGAAGGACACCCAUUUGUUCCAUGGCAUGGUUUCCUUAAUGGUUCAUUUUAGAUGGACUUGGAUUGGACUGGUCAUCUCAGAUGAUGACCAGGGUAUUCAGUUUCUCUCAGACAUGAGAGAAGAAAUGCAAAGGAAUGGGAUGUGUUUGGCUUUUGUGAAUGUGAUCCCAGAAAACAUGCACUUAUACAUGACAAGGGCUAAGGUAUAUGAUGAACAAAUUACAACAUCAACAGCAAGGGUUGUUAUCAUUUAUGGUGACAUGAACUCUACUGUAGAAAUCAGCUUUAGAAGAUGGGGAUAUUUAGGUGCUCACAGAAUCUGGAUCACAACCUCACAAUGGGAUGUUAUCACAAAUAAAAAAGAUUUCACCCUUGAUUUCUUCCAUGGGACUGUCACUUUUGCACACCACAAAGGUGAGACUGUUAAGCUUAGAGAUUUUAUGCAAACAAUAAACACUGACAAAUACCCAGUGAGCAUUUCUGACUCUGUCCUGGGGUGGAAUUAUUUUAACUGUUCAAUCUCUAAGAAAAGCAAUAAAAUGGAUCUGUUUACAUUCAUCAACACAUUGGAAUGGACAACACUGCACAAAUAUGACAUGGUCCCGAGUGAUGAAGGUUAUAAUUUGUACAACGCGAUUUAUGCUGUGGCCUACAUCUACCAUGAACUCAUUCUUCAACAAGUAGAGUCUCAGAAAAUGGUAAAACACAAGGGAUUAUUCACUGACUGUCUGCAGAUGGCUUCCUUGUUGAAAACCAGGGUAUUUACUAACCCUGUUGGAGAACUGGUGAACAUGAACCAUAGAGAAAAUCAGUGUGAAGAAUAUGACAUUUUCUUCACUUGGAAUUUUCCACAAGGCUUUGGAUUAAAAGUGAAAAUAGGAAGCUAUUCUCCUUGUUUCCCACAGAGUCAACAACUUCACAUAUCUGAAGACAUGGAGUGGGCCACAGGAGGAACAUCAGUGGGGUCUUGUCGAAUCCCCGAGGGACAGGGCAUCUUGGCGCCAGACGUGUGGCCCUUUGGGUUGUGGUCGAUUGAACGUUGCUUCUACAGGGACGUCCUGGAGUGCAAAGCCCCUAAGGCAGAUGGUACUCUCCCUGCCUCCUUGUGUCCCGUUCCCAUCGAGGUAGACAUUGGGCUUCAGAGAGCCACACCAAGGAGCAACUGCAAGCAGCGCAGGAUUGGACCUCUGUUCCUCAACCGAUACAAUAUUAACACCAGAGAUGGGGACACAAGUUCUACAUACUGA